AUGGGACUUCUCUGCAACGCGAGUAUCUUCGCCCUCAUGGUGCUGCCCCUGUUUCUGCUCAGCAAAGGGCACCACGUCGAAUUCAGGCGUCUCAUUGCACUUGCGGCGAUUAUCGCGUCGUGUAUGAUCUCCGAGUCGACAUUGUUGGGUUCCCUUGCCGGGGUGCCGCCGCUGCAGCACAUUGUCACGGUUGUGGUGGUACCCGUUCUUGACACGCUCUUGAUGGAUUUUGUGUUGAACGAUCCCAAGGCGCGGAAGGUGUUGCGCAUCCACGACGCCGGCGAUGAUGCCGCGGCGGUGUUAACUGCACUCUGGACAGCGGUGGAUCUCUUGUUAUACCGCUGGUUCCGCUGGUAUCACUUCAUCAGUGGGCUUGGCUUUGAUGCGGAGAACCUUGUGUCGGCGGUGGAGGCAUUUGUUGAUCUCAACGCGCGGCUUCUCUCGUCACGACGCAUAAACGGCUGGAGUCAUAACAGCGUUAAAAGUAACUCGAAACGUGGGGCGUGGAUAGAUGUUGCAAUUGUGCGUGUCAUAAUGACAGCGGUUGGCGUGGCGAGUGGAUCCACGCUGAUUGGCAACGUUUUAUUCACCGCGGCUUUGGUGCUGAUGCAGCUGCUCCUUCCUCCACUUCCAGAAAACGGCAGCAGGGAGGAAUAA